AGUGGGGGGUUCACUAGGCUGUGAAGGCAGGCGGCUUGUAUCCACACAGCCCUGGCCGCCCAGCCGAACUCGGCGGAGCCGCCUCCGCUCCCCUGGCACGGCGGCGGGAGCCCGGCCGGCUGGCCCCUGCGCGUCCGCUCUGCACACAGGCCAUUGUGCUCCUUCCCAGGCUGCCCAUGGAUGUGCCUCCCCAUCCCUGGUCCAGCGAGUCCCACUAACGCGCAGCAGCGGCUGCUCAGCUGCUGGAAACCAAGGUGUCAAAAUGACUGAGCGUUUUGAUUGCCACCACUGCAAUGAAUCCCUGUUUGGAAAGAAAUACAUCCUGAGAGAAGAGGAUCCCUACUGUGUGAAGUGCUUUGAGAGCCUGUAUUCCAACAUAUGUGAUGAGUGCAAGAAACCCAUUGGCUGUGACUGCAAGGAUCUUUCCUACAAGGAUCGGCACUGGCAUGAGAGCUGCUUUCACUGUUUCCAAUGCAAGAACUCCCUGGUGGACAAGCCUUUUGCUGCCAAAGAUGAGCAUCUCCUUUGUACUGAAUGUUACUCCAAUGAGUAUUCUUCCAAAUGCUCAGAGUGCAAGAAGACAAUCAUGCCAGGUACCCGCAAGAUGGAGUACAGGGGCAAUAGCUGGCAUGAGACCUGCUUCAUCUGUCAUCGCUGCCAGCAACCAAUUGGAACUAAGAGUUUCAUUCCUAAGGACGAUCAGAACUUCUGCGUGCCCUGCUAUGAGAAGCAAUUUGCCAUGCAGUGUGUUCAAUGCAAGAAGGCCAUUACCACCGGGGGAGUCACUUACCGGGAACAACCGUGGCAUAAAGAGUGCUUUGUCUGUACCGAAUGCAAGAAACAGCUGUCUGGACAACGUUUCACUUCUCGAGAUGAGGAUGCCUACUGCCUCAACUGCUUCUGUAAUUUAUAUGCCAAGAAGUGUGCUGGGUGCACAAACCCCAUCAGUGGACUUGGAGGAACAAAAUAUAUCUCUUUUGAAGAACGCCAGUGGCACAACGACUGCUUCAAUUGCAAGAAGUGUUCUCUGUCCUUAGUUGGCCGUGGCUUCCUCACCGAGAGGGAUGAUAUCCUUUGCCCAGAGUGUGGAAAAGAUAUUUGAAGCUCAAAAACGAGGGGAAAGCUGUGCUUGCCAAAUACAUGCAUACAUACAUACAUAUAUGUUUUUUUUUUCUUGAAAUAUUCCUAUCUUGUGUACUAGCUUUAAUCAGCCACACGCAGACUUUCUUUGCAGGUUUUGCAGUGGGCUUCACAUCUAGAAAACUUUUUUCCCCCUGGGUUGGACAAGUCCAGAGGAAACAGCAAAUAUUUUUUUCUUCUAGCUAUAGCAGGGGAAGUGGUUUUGAAUUUCUGUAACUGAGGCAGGUCCAAGAGUGAGUAGAUAAUCGAUCAAUAUGAGCUAAUUUUCUUUCUUUGACUGAAUGACUGAUGCAAAGAGAUGGUACGGGUCAAUAUGGGAUUUUGAGAAUCUUUCCAAAAACACACUGAGGGAAUGUCCUAGCUGAGGAUUGGUGUCCAUGGUCUGUGAAAUCACAUGUGAUACAAGGUGUAGCGCAAAUUCUUGUGGCUAGAUUGUGUAUGUGUCAGAACAAAACUUUGUGCCACACACAGUGUGAGAUGAUGAUUAACUCACCAAAGGCAGAAAUGCUGGUAACAAGCACCUACUGUGUUGCAUGAUUAGGUGAUUUGACUGUGUCAGUGUUAACUGAAAUUGCAUCACGCCUUAUCUUUUUAAAAAUAAUAAAAAUUAUGUCAGCCAACAACCUCACAUUUCCCUUUUAAUUGUCUGUUUCUCCCUCAAAAUAUUUUUGCUUGAAAUUUGUAGCUUUGUCAAGUCAAUAGGCAUUUAUUAAGUGCUUAACCAAUGGUACCAGGCACGGAGCUAAAUGACGGGAUACAAAUGAAAGCAAAAACAAUCCCAGCAUUCAAAGAAUUCACAUUCUAAUGGGAUGGGCAACAACAUGCUAAUAACUGUGUACAUAAAAGUUAUAUACAGAUUAAAUUGGAGGAACUAGCAGUAAGAGGGGAAAACUUGUAGAAGGUGGGGAGCCAGGGAAAAUGCAUUGGGUAAAGAGAUGGAGCGUGAGGAACAGCAAGGAUACCAAUGUCACUGGAUCCAUAAGACUAGGUGGUGGGUGGAAAGGUGUAAGAAGACUAGACAGGUAGGAAAGGGCCAGGGUGUGAAGAGCUUUAAAAACCAAAAAGAGAAUCCUGGAAUUAAUAUGGAAUAGGGAGCUGAGUAAAAGAUGUGCUGGAAUUGGGAAAGACUUCAGGGAGGGAGACUGUCCAGGACACUAGUGUGAGGGAUGAGGGUCUAUGCCAGGGUGAUGGCAGUGUUAGAGAAAAGAGGACAUAUAGAAAACAUGUUAUGACAUGAUUUGGCAACAGAUUGGAUAUGUUGGGUCAAUGCAAGUGACAGUGAUACCUGGGUUGGUAGCUUGGAUAAUUGGGAAGAUGGUAUUACCACUUCAACAUUUAGUAAUGAGUUCAUUUUCAGAUGUGCUGAUGUCUGUAGGACAUCUAGUUCAAGAUGCCCAUUGGGUAACUGAAGCUAUGAGACUAGAGAUCAGAAAAAGAGUUUAGGAGUGAGUAAAUAAAACUGGAAUCAUCUGAAUAAAGAUGGUCAAUUGGAGCCAAUCUCACCAAAUGACUUAAUACUGGGAGAGAAACGGGCUCUGGACAAAGCCUUAGGGCACCCAAGCUUAGCAGGCAUCACCUAGAUGACUGAGGACUGUGCAACCAAUGACUGAAGAGCCAGAUUGUUAGAAAGAGGCCUAUGAGAUAACAGGAUCCUAAAAUCUUAGAGAGAAGAGAGUAUUAAGGAAUAGAGAGUGAUUGACAGUAUAAAAGACUGCAUAGAGGUCAAGAAGAAUGAAGGAUGAGAAAAGUCCAUAGAUCUGGCAAUUUAGAGAUCAUCAGAAACUUUGCAGAAAGCAGUCUCAAUUGAAUUAUGAAAUCAGAAGCCAGACUGCAGAGAGUUCAGAAAAGAGAGGACAUUACGUGGAAGCACCAGCUGUGGACAGCUUUUAACUACAAAAAGGAGAUAUCUCAGAACAUAGGUGUCAGGGAUGGAUGGAUCAGGUGAGGGCUUUUAAAGAUGGGAGAGAUGUGGGUGUUUAUGUAGGCAGUAGACAGGAAGAGACUCAUGAUGAGGGAGAGGGCAAUCUUCUGGAGAAAACAAGAUAGUGCAUGCAGAAGGGUUAGCCUUGGCAAGGACAAACUACCUCUUCAUGUAAAACAAGUAAAAGAGGAGAGAAUGAAGGAAGAAAUACGAAUGACACGCUGUGACCACAUAAUGCCUAAGGUAAACACCAAGCCCAAAUCUAUAGUUAAUUGGAGCUAAAGAUAAAGAGAUCAGGAGCACAGGUUUAUUCUUUGCUUGAAUACUAUUUCAUAGUCAAAGACUAUACACUUAGUACUAAGCUGCCAUUUGUAGCUAAAUGUUCCUGUGUGUUAUGAUGUUGGCUACAAUUUUUAACAUAAAUAUACCUUUAUGCCACAAGCUAAAAUUUUUAAUUGCUUAAAAAUUCAAUAGGAAUACCACAAGCAGCCAUGUAAGCCCAAAUUACUGCUGACAGCAAAUGCUAAAUUAGUAGUUAACAUUAUGUUGCAGCACUUAUCUUAAGAGAACCAAUUAGAAGGAAACAAAAUAUCAUGGAAAGUGUACUUGAAUAUCACUAUUACUGUUGAGGGUACUACCAUUUCCCCAGCUAUCCAGGCUCACAACUAAGGGGUCAUUCUCAACUACCAUUCGCUCAUCUCACUGCCAAAUCCUAUCAUUUCUACCUUGACAACAUCUCUCUCAUCUGAACCCUAUUCUCCACUUACACAGCCACCACCCAGAUUCAGGCCCUCAUUGUGUCUUGCCUAGACUAUUACAAUAAUCCCUUUUUAGGAAAAAAAAAAAACCUCAAUUUUGUUUUAUUUUCAGUUACAAAUUCUCUCCUUUCCAUUUCCCCAACACUCACCCAUUGAGAAAGAAAGAAAAACAAAACCCAUUACAAACAUAUACCAUAUAUAUGUCAAGCAGAAUAAAUUUUGGCAUUAGCCAUAUCCAAAAAAAAAGUUUUGAUCUGCACUUUGAGUCUAUCAUCUGUCUGGAUAGCAUAUUUCAUCAUAAUUCUUCUAGAAUUGGUUGGUUCCACUGUAUUGAUAAUAGUUCCUAAGUCUUUCAAAGUUGUUUGUCUUUACAGUAUUGUUAUUGUAUAAAUUAUUUUCUGGUUUGGCUCACAUUUUUCAUGUAUGUUUUAUACAGGUAUUCCCAGGUAUUUCUAAGAGCACCACCUACCUUCAUCAUCUCUUAUAGCAUAGUAACAUUCCAUCAUAAAUAUAUACUAUAACUUAUUCACUUAUUCUCAGUUGAUGAACAUCCCCUCAGUUUCCAAAUCUUUGCCACCAUGAAAAGAACUGCUAUAAAUAUUUUUGUACAAAUGGGUCCUUUUCCACUUUCUUUGAUGUCUUUGGAGUAUAGACCUAGUAGUUGUUGCUGGAUCAAAGGAUAUGCACAGUUUAAUGCUUUUGGGGCUUAGUUCCAAAUUGCUUUCCAGAAAGGCUCGACCAGUUCACAACUCCACCAACAAUGCAAUAAUGUACUUGUAUUCCCAUAGUCCUUCUAACGUUUGUCAUUUUUCUUUUCUGGGUAGGAAGUGGUAUCUCAGAAUUGUUUUAAUUUGCAUUUCUCUAAUUAUUAGUAAUUUAGAUGAUUUUGUUUUUGCAUAUGGCUAUUGAUAGUUGGUAUUUCUACUUUUGAAAACUUCCUUUUUCAAUAUCCUAUGACCUGCAGUAGCCUUCUAAUUGAUCUCCCUGCCUCAAGGCUCUUUCUACUCCCAAUCCAUCUUUCACUCAGCUCCCAAGGCUAUCUUUGUAAAGUGUAGGUGUGUCCACAUAACUCCCUUGAUAAUGAACUCCUGUGGGUCCCUGUUACAUACAGAAUCAAAUAUAAAUUCCUCUGACUUUUAAAGCUUUUCAUAACAUAGACCCCUUUCUACUACCUUUCUAGUCUUCUUACAUGUUACUCCCCUUCAUGCAUUCCAUGUUCCAGUUAUACUGACUUCCUUGCUGUUCCUCAAACAAAAUACUGCAUCUACCAUCUCUGCAGCUUUGCACUAGCUGCUCCCAUACCCACACCCCUUGCCUGGAAUGCUCUGCCCUCUCACCUCCACCUUUUAGUUUCCCUGAAUUCUCUCCAAGUUCAGCUCAAAUCUCAUCUUCUACCUGAGGCCUUUCAGGGUCUCUCUACCUAACACCCCCCCCCAUAUUUUUUAUAAUAAACAUUUUUAUUUAAAGUUGUGAGUUCCAAAUUCUAUCCCUCCUUCCCUCCUUCCUCUCCCCCCUUCCCAAAGUGGUAAACAUUCAGA